UUGUAAUUUUCGUCUGAAACAUAUCUAUUUUUUUGAUAAAUUUCUUUGGAUUACAAUGCAGGUGAAUCAUUUAGUCGUGGAUAAUAACCCUAACUUGAAAAACUUUGAGAAUCUUUGUAACUUUUGAUUUCUUCUGUCAAACAUGGUAUAAGUCAACCUGUCUCUUAAAAAUUUGGAGAGUACUAAUUGUCUCUCCAUACAAAAAUAAUAGGGAUAAGAAAAUAGAGUUCUAUUUUAUCGAAAAUUAAAUGAACUUAUAUAAAAUUAUUAUUGUAUUUUUAUAUAUGUAUUAAGUACUUUCAUAUAUUAAGUAACUUCUUCAAACACAACAGAAGACAAUCUGUCGUGUAAAAAUUUGGAAAGUACUUAUUGACUCUCCAUCCAAAAAUAAUCAACACAAUUAACAGAGCCCUCAACUCACAGCUAAAAUUAAAUAAACUUAUAUAAAGUUAUUAUUGUAUUUUUAUAUAUUAAGUAGAUACCCUUUAAAAUUUCAACCUUUUUUCUCUUAACAGCCUUACAAUUUUUUAAAUUUAAUUUUCUUUCCAGAAUUCGAUAAACUAUUUAAUUACUGCCAAAAAACUACUACCAACUACUUCAAUUAACCAACACAAAAAUGUGUCGUUUUCAAUGUAGCGAUCCAAAAACGUGUAAAGUACCUAAAUACGUUUUAGGACCACUCAAACAACAAUUAUUAACUUCGACUACAACAGAUUCAUUUAAUCAGAAUUGCCCUCCUUCCCCUCCCAAAUUUGUGCGGAAUCGGAGUGUUUCAUUUUUUUCUGGCUCCUCAGAUUCAGAAUAUUCUAGCAGUGAUGAUGAAUGUUUCCCCUUCGAACAAAAUAUUCGGCAAAAGCAACGUUUCUCUCCCUUAAAUACACCUGAAUGUCUUUCAACAGACAAUUUAACAAUACCUGAAAUUACAACGAUGACCUCAAAUGAAUCUUCUGUUGAUUCUGGUUUUGUUGAAGAGGAAAAAAAUUCAAAAAAGGCAGCAAUCGAAACCAAAGAAGAAGAAGCUAAAGAAGAUGUUAAGCCCCAAAUAAAGUCAAUUUUGCUCAAACAAAGAUUUAUAGUCGAAGAAAAACCAAAAAAGAAAGUCAAAUUUGCCGAUGAUUGCGGCCAGUUUUUGUGUAAAGUUCGGUGUAUUCCCGCAAGAGAAAAAAUUGAUAUUUUGUGGAAUGAUGUUGUUGAUUUAAGGGAGACGAGUAGGGCCGAUAAUGAUUCUACGAGUUGGAGGGAUGUUCUAUUGUUUAAAUUAAUUAUGACUGCAGGCUUUAGGCAAGCUUUCUUUUUUGGAAAUUAGUUAUAUUUGGCUGUCGAGGUGUUGGAACUCCAUUAAAUUCCUCUACAACAACCUCUAAUAAUAAUAUUUGUGUUGGCGGGACAACCAACAAACCGGUUAACAACGGAUUAGGAU